GGGCCGCCCCGCCCCGCCCGCGCGCGGCUCUGCCCCGGCCCGCGCCCUGCCGGCGGCGGCGUCUCCUCCCCCCCGCGCCGCCUCUUCGCCCGCCUUUUCGCGCCGCCUCCUCCCCCCCGGGGAGGGGAGCGGCGGCGGCUGCCCGGGCUGAGCCGGGCUCGUGUGCGCUCUCUCGGCAGGACUCCGGGAAGAUGGCCGGGGCCGAGGCAGGGAUGAGCGGCGCCGCCGUCCAGCAGCAGCCCCCGCAACCGGCGGCGGCGGCGCCGGCGGCGGACGAGUCGUCGGACAGCGAGGGGGAGCACGAGGGCCCCCAGAAACUCAUCCGGAAAGUCUCCACCUCGGGCCAGAUCCGCAGCAAGACAAGCAUAAAAGAAGGAUUACUACUGAAGCAAACCAGUUCUUUUCAGAGGUGGAAAAAGCGUUAUUUCAAACUUCGAGGUCGUACCCUUUACUAUGCUAAGGAUUCAAAGUCUCUAAUAUUUGACGAAGUUGACCUGUCAGAUGCCAGUGUAGCUGAAUCAAGCACAAAAAAUGUCAACAACAGCUUCACGAUAAUCACUCCGUUCAGGAGGCUAAUAUUGUGUGCCGAGAACAGAAAAGAAAUGGAGGACUGGAUAAGCUCUCUGAAGUCUGUACAGUCUAGAGAACACUAUGAGACCGCACAGUUUAAUGUGGAACAUUUCUCAGGGAUGCAUAACUGGUACGCCUGCUCCCAUGCCCGACCUACCUUCUGUAACGUGUGUAGGGAGAGCCUCUCUGGAGUCACCUCUCACGGCCUGUCUUGUGAAGUGUGUAAGUUUAAAGCACAUAAAAGAUGUGCUGUCAGAGCAACAAAUAACUGCAAGUGGACUACAUUAGCCUCAAUUGGAAAAGAUAUAAUUGAAGAUGAAGAUGGUAUAGCUAUGCCUCACCAGUGGUUAGAGGGUAAUUUGCCUGUCAGUGCCAAAUGCGCAGUCUGCGACAAGACCUGCGGCAGUGUUUUACGCCUGCAAGAUUGGAAGUGCCUUUGGUGUAAAGCUAUGGUUCACACUGCCUGUAAAGAUCUCUAUCCUCGUAAAUGUCCGCUUGGCCAAUGUAAGGUAUCGAUCAUACCUCCAACAGCAUUAAACAGUAUAGACUCUGAUGGUUUCUGGAAAGCCACAUGCCCGCCAUCCUGUGCCAGUCCUCUUUUAGUUUUUGUUAACUCAAAGAGUGGAGACAAUCAGGGAGUAAAGUUUCUUCGUCGAUUCAAACAGUCGUUAAAUCCAGCUCAGGUGUUCGAUUUAAUGAAUGGAGGACCUCACUUAGGUUUACGGUUAUUUCAGAAGUUUGACAACUUCCGGAUUCUUGUAUGUGGCGGAGAUGGAAGCGUUGGUUGGGUGUUGUCCGAAAUUGAUAAACUCAGCUUGCACAAACAGUGUCAGUUAGGAGUGUUACCCCUUGGUACUGGGAAUGACCUUGCUCGUGUCCUUGGUUGGGGAGGAUCCUGUGACGAUGAUACGCAACUUCCUCAAAUUUUGGAAAAAUUAGAACGAGCCAGCACAAAAAUGUUAGACAGGUGGAGUAUAAUGUCAUAUGAACUAAAAUUACCAGCGAAGCCUUCUAUUCUUCCAGUCACUGCAGAAGAAGAGUCAGAGGAAUGCCAGAUAUCUGCUUAUGAGGAUUCAGUUGCUACUCAUCUUGCAAAAAUCCUUAAUUCUGAUCAGCACUCGGUUGUCAUAUCAUCUGCCAAAAUAUUAUGUGAAACUGUAAAGGACUUUGUUGCCAAAAUAGGGAAGACUUAUGAAAAACCACUGGAAAAUGCAGAAGAAGCUGAUGCCAUGGCUACUAAAUGUUCAGAGUUAAACGAGAAGCUAGACCUAUUGCUCCAGGCUCUCCACUCCGAAGCCCAGGCUGCUCCCAUUCUCCCAGGGAUCACUCCCCCCAUCGUGGAAGAAGAAGCUGAGGAAUUUUCCAGUGAGGAAUCCUUGUCUGAAAGUAAAGAGCAAUUAGCAGAGUGUGUUGCAAAGUCUUCCACCCAGAAACUCUUCAAACCAAGAGAACAGCUUAUGCUGCGGGCAAACAGUUUAAAGAAGGCUGUGAGGCAGAUCAUUGAACAAGCAGAAAAAGUUGUGGAUGAGCAGAAUGCUCACAGUGAAGAACAAGUGAACCAGUCCCCUGUAGAAUAUAGUAAAGAAUUGGAUGAAUCAAAAGAAGAGGAAAAAGAGGAAGAUACAAAGGAAUUUGAGUCCCAGUCAGUUAAAACUGCACCAAGAUCUCCAGAUCGGCGUGCAAGUCGAGGUAUCCAUUCUCAGACAGGCUCCUUCUCUGCUCCAGCUUUGGCUGCCAGCAAAGAAAACCUCCCUGUGCUUAACACGAGGAUUAUCUGCCCAGGUUUAAGGGCUGGAUUAGCUGCUUCUAUUGCAGGAAGUUCAAUUAUUAGCAAAAUGUUACUAGCAAAUAUCGAUCCAUUUGGUGCUACACCAUUUAUUGACCCGGAUCCAGAUUCCCUGGAAGGAUAUUCAGAAAAAUGUGUCAUGAACAACUACUUUGGAAUUGGAUUAGAUGCAAAAAUUUCACUUGAAUUUAAUAACAAGCGAGAAGAGCAUCCUGAAAAGUGCAGAAGUCGGACGAAAAACAUGAUGUGGUAUGGAGUUCUUGGCACAAAAGAGCUACUGCAGAGGACUUACAAGAACCUAGAACAAAAAGUUCAACUUGAGUGUGACGGACAGUACAUCCCCCUUCCAAGUCUUCAGGGUAUAGCUGUGCUAAACAUUCCCAGCUACGCUGGUGGGACUAACUUCUGGGGUGGAACCAAAGAAGAUGAUAUAUUUGGGGCCCCAUCAUUUGAUGAUAAAAUCUUAGAAGUUGUUGCAGUAUUUGGCAGCAUGCAGAUGGCAGUUUCAAGAGUCAUCAAACUGCAGCACCACAGGAUAGCUCAGUGUCGGUCAGUAAAGAUCACCAUACUUGGCGAUGAAGGGGUUCCAGUGCAAGUCGAUGGAGAGGCAUGGAUCCAGCCCCCUGGUGUUAUUAAAAUUAUACAUAAAAACAGAGCUCAGAUGCUAACACGAGACAGAGCUUUUGAAAACACCCUGAAGUCUUGGGAAGACAAACAGAAGUAUGAUUCCUGCAAACCUGUCAUUCGAUCUCCCUUGUAUCCUCAACAAGCUGUUGAGUUGGCUACCGAAGAGGAAGUUGCACAGAUCCAGCUGUGCUCGCAAGCUGCAGAAGAACUUAUUACCAGAAUCUGUGAAGCAGCAAAAGUACAUGGCCUCUUGGAACAGGAGCUUGCUCAUGCUGUCAAUGCAUGUUCUCAUGCAUUAAAUAAAGCCAACCCAAGGUUUCCUGAGAGUCUUACCAGAAACACUGCCAUGGAGAUAGCUGUCAACGUGAAGGCCCUGCAUAAUGAAACUGAAUCUCUGCUAUUAGGAAGAAUUCCUUUGCAGUUGGAAGCUCCCCAUGAAGAGCUAUUGUCUGAUGCUUUGCACAGUGUGGAAAUAGAGUUGAGAAAACUUGCUGAGAUUCCUUGGCUUUAUUAUGUUUUUCAACCAAAUGAUGAUGAGGAUCCCCCUCUGGAUUAUGCUAAGAGAAACAACAGAAGUACAGUGUUUCGCAUAGUGCCAAAGUUUAAAAAAGAUAAAGUCCAGAAGCAUAAGACCAGCCCUCAGCCUGUUCAAAAAUGGGGCACAGAUGAAGUUGCUGCUUGGCUGGAUCUGCUCAGUUUGGGAGAGUACAAAGAAAUCUUCAUCAGCCAUGACAUCCGAGGCUCUGAGCUUUUACAUCUGGAAAGGCGAGAUCUUAAGGACCUGGGGAUAACGAAAGUGGGCCAUAUGAAGCGAAUUCUCCAGGGAAUUAAAGAGCUCGGCAAGAACACCCCUAUGUCUGAAGUGUAAUUAUGCUGGUGCUCUCCCUAGAGAGAGAGGGGAAGUUGCUGGAGAAGCAAAGCUGUUACAGGCACUUAGCUGUCUUUGUAGUUUACUGUUCGGAAGAGAAAGCACUGGUGUGUUUGUGCAGGCUAAUAUCUCUGAAUUCUUGUCUGGUGAAGAGCUUGUUGCAAGAGUAUAAAAGGUUUUGUGCCAAAAAAAAAAAAAAAAGGUUACAUGAAGUACAUGAAGACAUUUUCUUGGUGUACAGACUUGACCGAUUUGGAUAAGCACAUUUGGGUAAAUUGAUUGGUAUAUGGUGAACUGCACUGACUGGAAAAAUAUAACUAAGAAAUGAUUGCUUUGCUUACAUGCAGCUCCGUAUGCCUCUCUUUACAAUGCAGCAAGAUAUCAGUGUACAGCGUGAGGUUAUCUGGUCGUCCUCCCGAGGCACAGCUGCUGUAACGCCUCCCAUGCAGGGGACCGAGAGCUGGCUCUUCCAGGGCUGAACACGCGAGACUGACGAUGCCUCAGGUACCUAGCGCUCCCUGACCACGCAGAGUGGUGACAGAUACCUUGUUAUGCCAUGAAUGCAAGCUGUAACGCAUGGUGUGCCUGCCUGACCUGUCUGUUGUUCUGUUGCAUGACCUGUCUGAUACUUAAAACACUUGAACAACUUUUAUAUUGGUUUGAAUGAGAUUUAAUUUAUUACUACUUGAGUGUCUUUAUUUUUUUUCCAGUUUCAGGCACUUUUCUAUUCUUCAGUGUUGUGUUUUACCUAAAUGUGUUCUAUGGCAAAGGAUGUGUGGGUGUGGAAACUUAGCGUUUGUGCCAUAUUCAGCAAAUUAUAUGCAUUAUAUAUGAAUGAAACACUGUACAGAUAGUUUUUUAAAUAUACCAUGUACAGAACGUAUAUCAGGUAACUAACUUAUGAGUAUUUUUGAAAGACCGAUACCUCACAAAAAUAUCAAUUGGCUUCCUGCAUGGAAAAUUAUAAAGAAUUUCUCAUGGUGCAUUAAUGUAGUUAGUCAGUGACCUUAAACAUCUGUAGCAUAUUUGAACUUUCAAGCACUAAUCAUUUUAUUUAUUCUGUUGUUCAAAAAGAAGGUUGAAAGAUUAAUGAAAUUUUUUUUACAAGGAAAGUAAAUCCAUUUUAUUUAUCAUACAUAAGAAAAGUUCUAAAAUGUAGCAGCUAAUUUGAUUUUUGUGGGGUAAGCUUUUGCUCAUAACUAAUUUACUAGUAAUUUAAAAUUUUCUAUCUAUACAUACAAAGGCAUCCAUUUGUUUCUUGUCAAUACGCCUACACUGGUAGAUUAUAAAAAUUAAAAAAAAAAACCUCAAAGGUUUUACACUAUGCAUGCAAAGAUGAAUCACAUACAAGAUAGUAAUUCAUGAGUGUAAACAGGUUAAAAAAUGAAAACCACCUUUGUUUAGAAAUUGCAUUAGAACAGAGUUUAUAAGAUUAUUUACAGUUUACUAAACAAAAGAUAGGUUCAUAAUUGAGUUUCUGGUUAAUUUGUCACAAAGUAGUAAUCUAUAGAAAAAUAAUUUGCAUAUCUCUAGAGGUUAAGAAACUAAAAGCUACUUAAAUGUUUGAGAUGAGAUGAUAUUGCACCACAUGCCUGAGAAUUUGCACAGAAUUGGUAUCUCUCUGCUGUUUCCAAGAAUGAGUCAUUCCAGCAAGAGGGGCUUGACUUUAUCAAGUAUCUUUGUCAAUUCUUACAGGUUAAAGAAUAUGUUAAUAUGUGUUUGGUUUGUUAUUGGGCAGUAGAGUAAUGCUGCUUUUGUUUUUUUCAAAAGCUUGUUUUCCCAUUUAAAGGGGACACUGUCAAGUACUGCAUCCUGGUUUUGCCCUCCCUUUUUCACGAGUAUGAGAGGAAUUGGCCUUUGGAAAGUCAAGUGUAUUCCUCUCAUUCUCCUAUUGCAAGAAAUUAUACAAAGGAGCAGAGCAGACUUCAUUUACAUCCGGUCAUUGUGCUGUGGGCUCUUGCUGCUGUAGGUUGAGCAGGGACCGCUCGGGGAGCCUUGUGGACAUAACUGAUUAUUCUGGUGUACAAACAGAAGUAAAAGGCUACGUUCCAUUAGGUUUUCAGUCGUACCCUUCCCCUCUGCCCCCGGUUCCAUUUGCCAAGUGACAUUAUUUUCAUGCUGUUAUAUUAAAAGCAUAUGCAAACAAUGGAAAGUUAGGCAAACAAUGGAAAAGGUGUUUUCUUUUUUUAUGUACUUGACAUUGACCCCUUUAAUCAUGUUCAGAUGGCAUCCAUCAAGGCUCAAUAAGUUGUAUUUCCUUUUUUCUCCGUGUUUCUCUGUAGGCUACGCUAUAUUUUAAUGUGUGGCAGCAUUGUGAUAUAUGGCUGCUAUGGUAGACUAUGCGGUUACUCUUCCCAGUCAUAAUUCAUAAAAGAUCUUUCUUUACUUUCCUAUUUGUAGGAUAAAUUCUCCCUAAAAAUUUCAGCCUUGCUACAUGUAUUGCAUUAAGUUGGGCUAUAGAACCAAAUUUCUUAAGGCCACACAAUGAUUGCGGUAGAGGCCUCCACUGAGUAUAUUAAAAACCAGGCGCUGCUUUUAGGCAGGGAAACUGUCCAAGUGUUGUUUGUAAAGCAACUUUCUUAUGAUGCUCCUCAGAUUACCUCAGUAUAGGACAACUUAUUGCUUGUCUUUGUACAGUUCAGUUUUUCUAAAUGACCACCAAAGAAUUUAACUUUGAUUGUUACAGGCAAAGGGGGUUUUUAAAUGUGCAAGUAGAAAAAGUAUUUUAAACAUCACUUAUGCUGUAUUUAAUAGAUGCCCAGGAGAGCAAGUUUUAUGCAACUCCAUGCCUUAGAAUAGUAUUGGAUAUCGAUUCCAAAUGCAUUCGACAAGGGGGCUCAAAAUAUUUCAUGGGACUUCUUUACCGAGAUCAUGGGUUGUAACUGUAUUAAGCGAUGUGGCUUCUCUAAAGAAAGAUUUUUGAACACAGUGUUACCAUUUCAUGAUGACUGUAGAUUUCCAAGUAUUUGUUUUUUUCUUACUGCUGUAAAAGCCCCAGCUCCUAGAAUUUAGGACUUGCAUAGUUUCAUUUUUAAUGACUUGGAUUCAUUAUAAUUUAUUCCUAAUGGUUGAAAUGUUUCAAAGCAUAUAUCCUAAUAUUUCAACAAAAAAAAAAGUUAACCCCCCGUAGAAGUAGUUAGUUUUUGGGUUUUUUGUUUUUUUUCACUUAGGGAAGAAGAAGAGAAGAAAUGCAUGUUUUAAAAUUAUAUCAGAUUGCUGAAUGCAUGUUUAGUUGUUGUCACUUUUUAAUAGAAUUUUUCCUGCUUCUUGUGUUCAACUGUUGCAGCAACCUCUGUUUCAGAUGAUACAAAUACUACCUUUAUAAUGCAUAACAUCUUCUUUUUAGAGACUGAAUGAAACCAGGCAAACUCGUGAUUGUACUCUUCGUUUUUGCAAUAAUUUAAAGGAAAAACUUGUUCAAAAAUCAAAAUUCUUAUGUGAUGGCAGUUGCAAAUUUCCUUUAUGUAUUAGACUACGUUUUUAUGUAUUUCCCCUUAACUACUUUUUUUUCCUCCCAAGAGAAAUAUUUUAAGUUCAUGGGAGAACAGUAAAAUGUAAAGCAUGUGACCAAAAACCCUGCCAGUAUUUUUUACUCUGAGACUAGAGUAAAUAUCCUUGGUAGCGUAAAUAAUAGAAAUGAUCAUUCUUUCUCCAUCCCUUCCCCGAGAAAUUCAGACUGAAACAAAAAAUUAUAAUUCAAACAAGAAUUGAUUUUGGCCAAUUUUGUGUAUUCCAAUGCUUUCUGUACAGAAACACGUAAUCUGCCAAUUUUUACUUUUUAAUUGAACACAGUGAUGCUACUUCACUUUAUGAAAAUUUUAAAAUGCCUUGAUAAUGUACACAUUUUUUUUCAAGGGUAAAAUUGCCAACGUUUUUCACUGCAUCUAGUCUUCCUUUCUGGAAGAUUGGCAGGAGACCUUUUUUUACAUGUAACAGAAAAUUAACACUUAAACAAAAUAUGAGCGAAAGUGUGGUAAUAUUACUUUUAAAAAAGAUUUAAAACAAUAUAUUAUGCAUAGAUAAAUUCCAUGGUGGACAUGUCAGAGAACCAGUUUUGCUUGAUGCUUCCUAUUAACAAUUGCAUUAGUAAUGUUUACUACUGUUUCUCCAUUUCUUUAUCUGUGCUUCUAAGUAUUAAGUUCUUGCAUAUAAAUUUGACAGUUCUGGUAAUUUGUAAUUAGCAGUGUAAAAAGUAUUUAUGGAAGUUAAAGUUACAAGGGAUGUAUGUUGUUGAGGAUAACUCAGCUGGAGCAGUAUAUUUAGCUUACAACCAGGAAAUCAUCUCGCACAGCUCACGUGUGAGUGAGUGAGAGCCACAGAAAAUUAUAUGAAGUUUUUAUUUUUCCACCCCAAUGACAUAAGUACCUCUCAAAUGCAGCGUACUGAGUGUUAUAUUUAUACAGUGGACUCUCCCCUCUUUUGAUUCUGUUUUUAUAGAUUGUACGUUUUGUGGUAUGAUUUUCAUAUCGUCAAGGUUUGAUGCUGCUUAUUCUUACUGCGAAGAUUUCAUGUUGGCAGGAACUGUACAUGACUGUUGCUGUCUUAAGUAAAAGGAGGAGUUUUUGAUGACUUGAGGAAGCUAAAGAGUUUGGACAGGACUGACUUAAAAUUUGCCUGCUGCAUCUUCAGAGAUAAAUGAUAGUGUCAGCAGGAUUGAUAGAGCGUCAUUUGGUGAUUAUCAAUAGGAGAUCUUUACUGGUUGUAUAAAUUCUUGUAUUUAUAUAGAGAACAUAGUGUGGACUUGAUCUUUCAUACAAAAGAAAGAAAUUUUCUAGUUCUUUUCUACUACUGUUGCAUUAGGUUUAAUUGCUCUGUUAAUGGUUAGCUUAUGUAUUUGAAAUACUCGUUUCUGCCAUACAGAAGCCCAGUCUGUCCCUUAGAAAUUACAUUUCAUUUGGAUGCCAUCUGGAGAGUUCCCUGAGACUAUUCCUGUAGCCAGCUGGAGCUAAUAGCAAAGCUCCUAUUAACUUCUGUAGGAUUAACAGUGAUUGCCUCCAAUUUUUUGAAAUGGAAAAAAAUUUUUUUUGAGUUGAAAGUUUGCUCACUCCAAGGGAUUAAACUUGAAACAUCAUCUCUUCACAGUCUAUAAAAAGCAAAACAAAACAAAACAAAAAUUAGCACCUUUAGCACUUUGGCAAACUAACAAACUGCUGGCAAUUACAGACCUGAGAGUAUUCUGGGACAAAUUGUAAUGAAUUUAGCUGCUGUGGUUAAAGAGCUCCUUCAGAGCAGUCAACAGCAAAUUCAUAUAUUUACAUGGUUGAAUUAUAGAAAUCUUUUUUAAUAAUUGAAGACCUUUGUUGUACUUGAAACAAUCAGUUUUAAUACAAUCACUUUGAUGGGAUUUUGAGUUCCUUUAACCUGUUGCGUGUAUUAGCAGGGGCAGAAGAAGCCGGUGCAUAAUUUAUAAUUAACGCAGGCUAUGUCUGUACUAAUAAUGUUCCUGCACUGCUUCCCAGCUCCGUGUCUGGAUAAUUUCCCAGCUCGUUGGCAGGAUGAGACCUUAGCAUGUUGCCCCCGCUGUUUCUAUCCAGAAGAGCUGGGUAGGCAGGCUAGAAAGGAGCUGCAGGGUGCUCCGGGACAUCUCCGAGGCUGCGCAGGGCUUGAGGCUCCAAAGGCUAGCGUAGCCAUGGAGGACUAAAAUCCUGCUUUAAGUUAUAUCCCUGCAAUCCCAGCUACCUGACUGCAGUUUUAUCCCCUGCAGUCCAUAUCACUAACAAUUAACACUACCUACUGGAGUGCCCCUUGAAAGAGAGGUGUUUUGGAUAAACCUCACCAACUCUGUGAGAUUUUUUUUAAAAGACUAGAGAUUAUUAGCUAUUAGUAGGCCACGUGUGGAGUGACUAAUCUAUACUUCAUUCUAUAGAAAAUAUACUUUGGAGAGAAAAAUAAAUAUUUGUAGUAAAGCUGAAAGAUUAAUGUCAUGAGUUAAAAUGUAUUUAGAGAAAUAAUAUGGUACAAAGUUUAAAGGCAUUAGGAAUUGUUUUUAUAAUUUUUUCCAUUUUUUAGGAAGCUGUGUUUGAUUUAAAUAUAGUGUACCAGAGCAUGUGAACUGGAAAUUGAAACCAGAAAGAAAUGAGCUAAAAGUAAAACUAAAAUUGGGGUUUGUUUUCAUGGUGGAAACUGAGAGAAAAGCCAAAAAUACCCCCCCACACGUAGUGCCCCAAACGCCUACUAUAAAUAUUUAAAAGGAAUUAGAAUUUUAAGCCCCACUUUUAAUAAACUAAAGUAGUAAUUAGUUAGGGAGCUUUUUAGUUUAAUUACUAGCAUGCCAAUGUCAUUAGCAGAGAAAGAGUUAUAUAUAUGACUAUGGUUUUUUUCCCUGCAUCAGUUGAAGUAGGCUUUGUUCAGGACUAAUUCUCGUUGCAGUUACAGUUAAUUAUUGUGUGAACGUGGAGGUUGAGGAAAGCUGUUAGAAGCUGCUCAGUGUUGCUUUUUCAGUGGAGGACAAAGAAGAGAGAAUACGUGUGCUGACGUGUAAGGGUCUGGGGGCUCUUAGUGGGUGUUUUGAGAAUAUAAGAGCUUUUCCUCGGGCAUCUUGUGAAUGUUUACAACCAGCGGUAAGGCACGCAGGCAUGCAAGAAACGUAGCAGGUUUCUAGUGGCACUGUCCUCUCUCAAGAUGACAUCUCUCCACAUUAAAGUAGGCAUUUGGAUUAUAGCUGCACUUCAGAGGAUUUUCUGCUUGCAUCUGUCACUUGCGGUGUCUGUGCUUUCUUUCUUGGGUGGUCUUUGUCCUUAAAACAGGCACUUUGAAAAAUGUGGUCAUCCAUAUGUGACAAAAUUACCAUUUUUUCCCUCGAGCACAGUUGCUGAACCUGCCUGGAAAUAAUUCCUUUCAUUAGCCACUCUCUUACAUCAUGUCCUUUGAAUCCUAAAAAAGGCUGCAACACAGGACUUCCCUAGAGCUGCCUGCUGUCUACAUAGCAGUGCACUUUGCUGAAGUUUGUAUGUUGAAGGGGUCUCUUGCUCAUCAAACAGGAGGAUAAUAUUCACAGCAGAUUAGAUGUGCAAUACGUGGGAUUUGUAGGUAGAGUUUAGUUUUGCACGAACCUUAAAAAGCCAUUGAGUAACUUCUAAGAGGUGAUGAGGGCCUGAUCUCUGCAAUGUUCAGACCCUGGUCCUUCAUCAUCAUCACCACACGCACAUGAAUCAUUUAAUGUCAAAUACUAGCAGCUUUGUGUCUUCAUCCAUAGUGGCAGAAAGCCAGAUUCCAAGAGUGGCUUAAAACAAUUUUUUUUUUUAAACUUCUGGCUCUGAGUUUCUGAUUCAUUCUGCUUUCUGUCUGUUUUUUCAACAGUUAUACGUUACCUUGUGUUCUUUGACACAAAGCAUGUAAAAAGAAAAAAAGCGAAAUAAUGGUUUUUCUUAAUGAAAGAUUUCUGGAAUAUUUGGGACAAAACUUUCGAAUUUCUGUGGGGGGAAAAAAACCCCCAAAUAUUCAGUGUUAUCCAGAAUCAGCACAGAAUCAUACGUUGGGCUUCCUGCUGUUUUAAGGAAACAAAAAUGCCACUGUUCUUUCAGUUCUGGUUCUCAUUUGCUCUACUUAUUUACAUUAUCGUAAUAAUAGAAAUUAAACAGCCUGAUCAUUUCUAAAAAUUCUCUCCUGCCUCUAGUAAUGCAGAUAGGGAGAAGACCACUUCUUAAAAUUGAGCAUUUCUUUAGAAAAAUAUACCCCAAUUAUUAAGACCAUAGCCACCUAAUAUGCCUUUUUUAAAAUAUACAUGAAAUAUGGAAACUCAUUAACUCACGGCUCUUCUUGUCAGCUGGUUAUGGAGAGACUGAGAAGUGUUUGGAUGGCAGAAAUUGUGAAAUACAAAAACGAAUAAGUGUACAAGUUGUUUUAUAGUUUCUUGCACACUGGAGUACUGAGCCAUAAUUUGCCCACAUAUCAACUGUCGUAAUAAAAACAAGUAAUUUGUCUUAUAUAUCAGUGUCAGAUCUGGAGCCCAAGUAAACAUUCUUCUUUUCUUUCCACUCAUAGAUAUUAUCCAGAAUAUGUUUAUUAGUAUCUUUUACUUGGUGAGUGUAGCACGUUUCCAUCGUAUGUCCAGGGUAGAUAUCUUUAAAUGCCCAGUGCUAUAAUAUAAAUGCUACAAUUGCAAAAUUGUAUUUGUGUUGUAUGUCCUGGCAUUUAAAGAAGCAGAUUUCUUCUAAAGGUAUUUUAAAGAUGCUGAGAGGAUCGUGGCACAACAUGAGUGGGCAAUUCUGGUAGCUCUGUUUGUCACUUAAACUCAUAUUCCAGUUCAGUACAGCUGUUAAGUCAAUUCUGUAAUAACAUUUACUUAUUUGUAUGAGUGAAAACUGCUAGUACAUAUGUAAGUGUUGCAGCAUGUCCCCUGCUGGUCAAAAACGUGACAUAGUGCAAGAUUUCUGCACAACUGAUAUAGCUCAGUCUGAAUUACAGUUUGAAGCAAAAAGCUGGACUACACAGUUUCCACCCAUUUCAAGAACGUAUUAAUUAGCAAUGUAAACAUCUAACGUGAUUGGUACUGUUUUAGUCAGGUAAAAAGUGCCCCAGAGUUUGUGCCCUUCAUUUCCCCUGCUCCUGUCCACUCUGCAGAAUAUUCGUUGUCUUUGCAAACGUACAGAGCUGUAGGGACUUAGGCAUGUGCUUAGCUUUAAACAGCACUUCAGUGCCCCUUUGAGAUUAUUUGUGUGUUUUAGUAUUAGCAUGUAUGUGUAAGCCUAUAGAGGAUUUGGGUAGGAAGAAAUUGUUCCUCACCGAAAAGUUAACGUCAGAUUGAUCAUCGGGAGAGUUUUAAAGGCCGUACCUAUGAAUGUUGUUCUCUUGCCAGUAUUUGCGUGUGCAUGUGUCUAUAUAUAUGUAGUAUCUAGUUUGUAGUGUGUAUGUGCAUGCACACCUGUACAUAUAUGUAUAUACAUACCCUGUUUUUGCAUAUAUAAUGAUGCCAACUUGUGUGCAGAGCCAAAAACUUAUAUAUACACAAUGCUAGAGAUGCUGCAUUGUUUUUUAUUGUAAUAUUUUUUUAUAUCAGAUGAAUUGCAGGAUGUUUACAGAUGCUUAUUAAUAUUUAACUUAUACAAUGGAGUGGCAGGAUGUUUAUGAUUGUUGUCAGCUAAAGAAUUGUAUGAGAUUCUGGGUGAAAUUUUGGCUUUGUUGAAAUCCUUGGCAAAGCUCCCAUUGAUCUCACUAGGGCCAAGAUUAAACCUCUCUGAAUCUAUUGUUUACUGGCUAUUUUCCUACUGUGAUUUUUUUUUUUUUUUUUUUUUUUUAGUAAGUGAAAUGUAUUUAUUUUUCCCAAUGUGAAAUCUGCAGUUGUUAUUUGGAUUUUUCUACAGAACCUGCAAAAUACAACACAGGUGGGGAUAUAUGCAUCACAGAAUGUACAGAUUUUUUCAUUGUUCUGGUCUUUUAUUAUGUCUAAGAAAAUAAAUUCUAAAAUAACUUUUGUAAGACUUAAUACAGAUUCUUCUAAAAAUAGAUCACAUUUCUUAUCUCUCUCCACAAAGAUAGCCUGCAGUGUGGUAACUGAAAAUGAAGAAUUAUUUAUUGAUGAAUAGAAAGCGGUCUCAUCUGUUUUGUAUACCUACUGAUUUCAUACAGUUCAGCUGGCUCUGCAAAUCUGGAAUGAGAAUAUUUUAAGUACCUUAUCCAAAAGUACUUUAUCUUAAAAAAAACAAAACAAAACAAAAAACCCCCUUUAUAUAGUAUACCUUAAAAUUCUCAUCAAAACAUGGAUAUCUCCUCAAAGCCUAUGUGUAGAAUGAUUCUUUUAAUAUUUCACAGUUGAAGAAAAUUAUGAAAAUAUUAAGUGGUAGGGCAAAUCAGGCAACUGCCUGAUUGAUACAAGAGAAAUCAUUUGUUCAGAAACAGAAAGGUCAGUUCUUUGCUAGCACCAGGGAGAAGAAAUACUGUAAUGCAGUGCUUCCUAAAUCCCUUUCCAGGGUAUCUUUUUAUUUGUGUAUACUCUAAGUAUAUUCUUCCUGUAAAAAGACAUCAUGCUGUGAAACAGCGGAAUACAUACAUCAUCUUAAUUUCUUAAUCUAACUCUAAAAAUAUUAUUUUCAAACAAGAAUUGUCAUGCACUUUGAAAUGUGUGCAUCUGGAACAGGUAAGUUUGUAUUUGUGGCAGAUAGGCACCCCAGGGACACAGUAGGAUUUGUGAAAUGAGGUAGCUACACCAAGGUUAUCAAAAGUUGAAGAAAUAGCAAGCCAGCUGUAUUCCCCUGUAAGGCUCAAUCUAAAGACGUGUAGAGAAGGCCAACUAGCCCCAGGAGUGUUUUGAUGUAAUUUUGUUUAAGAAAAGAAAAUACUCGGGUUUAUGCUUGCCUUCUUGCUAAUAAGGAAGAAAGUAUGCAUGUUGGUUGAACUUUCCAGGAGCUUGUUGGCUACAGAAGCAGACCUCAAAAGACUAAACUGUAGAGGCAGAAAGGAGGCUAGUGAAUAUUCAGGGCUCUGCCUGGACUCACUAGUCUGCUAAUGUGGAUCCGACUGCAGAUUUGGGAGAAAAGCUCCUAUCGCGCUCCCACUCCAGUCGGUGGAAAAUCUCCAUUGCUGUCAGUGGGAGCAGAGGGAUGCCCAAGUGAGCAAACAGCUUUCCUUCUGUGUGUUGGUUAUCUUUCUGUAAUUUGAGUCAGGAAUGGAGUUCAGGACUCAACGUUAUUUGCCUAAAAGACCGUGAUGAGUCCAAUCUACAGGAUAUCAGGCAAAAUGAGGAAGAAGUGCAGGCAGUGGGUAGAGGUCUGGAUUCUGCUUUUGGUUUCCUGCCGCUGAGCUGGUGCCCGACCAGAGCCAGGUGGGCCAACCUUUCUGUGCCUCGCUUUCUCCGUCUGCAGGAAUAAGGAUGCUCUACCACCUUUGUACAGCCCCCCGGCGCCUAUAGACCAGUAGUGGUAUAUAAGUGGCUAAGUUUUACGGACACUAUUAUAUGCAGUAUAAUUAAAUUAUGUUUGUCCGUAACACUGCAAAUGUUGCUUUUCCUAGUUUCAGUUCCGACUGUUUAAGGACCUCCAGCAUUUCCGGUAGUCAGUUUUGAAGCUUAGCAAUUGCUAUAGUACUUACAAUUACACACAUAGUGGGCUCUGUUUGCUGCAGAAAAGAGUAAAACUUUAAACUGCCUGACAAAACUUGCCAAUGAAGUAUAUCUAACAGAGCAGGGGUGUAACUUUUGGCUUUAUUUACUUGUAAUAAUGGUAAGGAACAGUGAAUUUUGUUUGUUUACAUACUGUUUACAAUGGCACAGUUUUAUUUUUAAUAUAUAAAAACAAUUGAGGUAUUUAUUGCAUAUACUAUUUUAAAGAUGUUUUAUGUGUUUUCACCUUUGGAAUAUAUUGUUACAUUUCCUUGUACAGAUAAUUUGGGUGGCUUUGUUAAUAUAGUUAGUAAUUUUUAUGACUACUAAGUGACCAGUUUUCUGUGCCUUUUUAUUGUUGGAUGCAUGAUUACAUAUUUAUUAUUGUAUGGAAGUCACUGAGAUGUGUAUUUUUGUAUUCUGCUGGAAGCAAUGGCUGAUUUUAUUGUACAUGAUAAGAGAUGCCUUCCAUAAUGGGCACUCCCAUGAGAUCUUCCUUCUCAAAUAAACAGAAUGCAUUCAAUGUAUGUAAGUCCUUGAAUUCUUUCUGUGUCUGGCAAUCAGUGGAAGUCCUUGAACAUCAUUACACGGAGUUUUAGAUGUCACCACUCAAAAUGUGGGCUGUUAGCAAUGUCAUCAGAUCUAAAACAAAAUUGCCCACUGAAAUUGAUACAAUACUCAGUUCUUGGCACAAUGUAAGCCUUUGUAAUUUAACAGAAAACUGUAUGUUAAAACUAAAUAAAACUUGGAUGAAUGAC